ACAAAUUGUAUCAAAUUUGUCAGCUUCAAUUAAGAAGCUAAAACCAAAUGUUCUUUCUCGUUCAAUUCGUUUAACUAUUGUUAUUCUUUCUGACAAUGUUUAUAAGAAAGCUUUUGGAUCGGUUAUGAAACUAAACUUCAAUUUUGUUG